AUGGCGCAGAAAUCUGCCAUCCUCUCCGUCUACGAUAAGACCGGCCUCUUGGACUUGGCCAGAGGCCUGGCCGGGAGCAAUGUUCGCAUUCUGGCGUCUGGCGGCACGGCCAAGAUGAUCAGAGAGGCUGGAAUUCCCGUCGAAGACGUCUCCGCCAUUACGCAUGCCCCUGAAAUGCUCGGUGGCCGCGUCAAGACCCUCCAUCCCGCCGUUCACGGUGGUAUUCUAGCGCGGAAUAUCGAGUCCGACGAGAAGGAUCUCGCCGAACAGAAGAUCAAUAAAGUCGAUUUCGUCGUCUGCAAUUUAUAUCCCUUCAAGGACACUGUGGCCAAGGAAGAUGUUACAAUCGCUCAGGCCGUGGAGGAAAUUGAUAUUGGUGGUGUAACCCUUCUUCGUGCCGCCGCGAAGAACCAUGCCCGUGUGACGGUCCUUAGUGAUCCGAACGAUUACCCCGAGUUCCUGGGCGAACUGAAAAAGGGAGAGAUCUCCGAGAAGAACCGUCGCCUUUAUGCCCUCAAGGCAUUUGAACACACCGCAGACUAUGACGAGGCUAUCUCUGGAUUCUUCAGGAAGCAGUAUGCCGGCGAAGGGGUUCAGCACCUUGCUCUGAGAUAUGGUGCCAAUCCCCACCAGAAACCAGCUGCUGCGUUUAUGAGAGAGGGCAAAUUGCCUUUCAAAGUGCUCAACGGCUCUCCCGGUUAUAUCAACCUGCUGGAUUCCUUGAACGCAUGGCCAUUGGUUAAGGAGCUGAAACAGGCGCUCGGUUAUCCGGCUGCUGCUAGUUUCAAACACGUCUCACCGGCGGGUGCGGCUAUCGGCAUUCCGCUGAACGAGAAGGAGAAGAAAGUCUACAUGGUUGAGGACAUUGCCGGAAUUGAUGAGUCCGGGUUGGCCCAAGCAUACGCGCGUGCCCGUGGCGCGGACCGCAUGUCUAGUUUUGGUGAUGUUAUUGCUCUGUCGGACGUUGUCGACGUACCCACCGCCAAGAUCAUCUCCCGUGAGGUCUCCGAUGGUGUGAUUGCCCCUGGAUACCAACCCGAAGCUCUUGCUUUGCUCGCAAAGAAGAAAGGAGGAAAAUACCUCGUCCUCGAGAUGGAUGACAGUUACACUCCCCCCGAGGAAGAAACUCGCACUCUCUAUGGCGUCCAGCUUCAGCAGCACCGCAAUGACGCGGUCAUCUCUCCAAAGUCCACUUUCAACACCAUCAUCACACCAAAGGAUCUCAAGGGCCUUCCCGAGUCCGCACUUCGCGAUCUUACCGUUGCCACGAUCGCCCUGAAAUAUACCCAAUCCAACUCCGUCUGCUAUGCAGUCAAUGGCCAAGUAAUUGGUCUCGGAGCAGGUCAACAGAGCAGGAUUCACUGCACCCGCCUUGCCGGAGACAAGGCCGACAACUGGUGGAUGCGCUUCCACGACCGCGCGCUGAACAUCAAAUGGAAGGCGGGCGUCAAGAGACCCGAGAAGAGCAACGCAAUCGACAUGCUGUGCUCAGGACAGGUUCCCAAGAACGAGGUCGAGAAGCAAGAUUAUGAACGAGUGUUUGAAGAAGUCCCGGCACCCUUUACACCGGAAGAGAGAGAAGAAUGGGGGAAGAAAUUGGGAGAGGUGACUAUUUCUUCGGAUGCAUUUUUCCCCUUCGUGGACAACGUCUUCCGUGCUGCACGGUCGGGAGUUAAGUAUAUUGCAGCUCCGAGUGGAAGCCAGAAUGACUCUGCUGUGUUUGAGACGGCCGAGAAAUUGGGUAUGGUGUUUGUGCAACAGGGCAUCCGCCUGUUCCACCAUUAA